UCUCCUCACCCCCCCCCCCCACAGCACCCUGCAGGGAGGGCAGGAGCAGCUGCAGGAUGGCCGAGGAGAAGAAGCUGAAACUCAGCAACACGGUGCUGCCGUCCGAGUCGAUGAAGGUGGUGGCUGAGUCCAUGGGCAUUGCCCAGAUCCAGGAGGACACGUGCCAGCUGCUGACGGACGAGGUCAGCUACCGCAUCAAGGAGAUUGCCCAGGACGCCUUGAAGUUCAUGCACAUGGGGAAGCGGCAGAAGUUGAGCACCAGCGACAUCGACUACGCCUUAAAGCUGAAGAAUGUCGAGCCGCUGUAUGGCUUCCAUGCCCAGGAGUUCAUUCCCUUCCGCUUUGCCUCCGGUGGGGGCCGGGAACUCUACUUCUACGAGGAGAAAGAAGUGGAUCUGAGUGACAUCAUCAACACGCCUCUACCCCGGGUGCCCCUGGACGUCUGUCUCAAAGCUCACUGGCUGAGCAUCGAAGGCUGCCAACCUGCCAUCCCCGAGAACCCACCUCCAGCUCCCAAGGAGCAGCAAAAGGCUGAGGCCACAGAACCCCUCAAGUCGGCCAAGCCGGGCCAGGAGGAAGACGGGACCCUGAAAGGCAAAGGCCAGGGGGCCGCCCCAGCCGACAGCAAAGGGAAGGAGAAGAAGGCGCCGCCCCUGUUGGAGGGCGCCCCUCUGCGCCUCAAGCCCCGCAGCAUCCACGAGUUGUCCGUGGAGCAGCAGCUGUACUACAAGGAGAUCACUGAGGCCUGUGUGGGGUCAUGUGAGGCCAAGCGAGCGGAAGCUCUGCAGAGCAUCGCCACCGACCCCGGGCUCUACCAGAUGCUCCCACGAUUCAGCACCUUUAUCUCCGAGGGGGUCCGCGUAAACGUGGUGCAGAACAACCUGGCGUUGCUCAUCUACUUGAUGCGCAUGGUCAAGGCGCUGAUGGACAACCCCACGCUGUAUCUGGAAAAAUACGUGCACGAGCUCAUCCCGGCUGUGAUGACAUGCAUCGUGAGUAGACAGCUGUGCCUGCGGCCCGACGUGGACAACCACUGGGCGCUGCGUGACUUUGCCGCCCGCCUCGUGGCCCAGAUCUGCAAGCACUUCAGCACCACCACCAACAACAUCCAGUCGCGCAUCACCAAGACCUUCACCAAGAGCUGGGUAGACGAGAAGACCCCGUGGACCACGCGUUACGGCUCCAUCGCAGGCCUGGCCGAGCUGGGACAUGACGUAAUCAAGACCCUCAUCCUGCCGCGGCUGCAGCAGGAGGGGGAGCGGAUCCGUGCGGUGCUCGACGGCCCGGUGCUCAGCAACAUCGACCGCAUCGGCGCCGACCACGUGCAGAGCCUCCUCCUGAAACACUGUGCCCCGGUGUUGGCAAAACUGCGGCCGCCGCCUGACAAUCAGGACACCUACCGCGCCGAAUUUGGGUCCCUCGGGCCCCUCCUCUGCUCGCACGUGGUCAAGGCCCGGGCCCAGGCGGCGCUGCAGGCACAGCAGGUCAACAGGACCACACUGACCAUCACACAGCCACGGCCCACGCUCACCCUCUCUCAGGCCCCCCAGACUGGCCCUCGCACCCCCGGUUUGCUCAAGGUCCCCGGCUCCAUCGCGCUGCCCAUGCAGACGCUGGUGUCGGCCCGAGCUGCCGCCCCGCCGCAGCCAUCCCCGCCUCCCACCAAGUUCAUCGUCAUGUCCUCGUCCUCCAGUGCCUCGUCCACCCAGCAGGUCUGUGAGGCCCCGGCUCGAAGCCGGGGGGCCCCAUUAGCUCAGAGCGGGGCAGGGGGGCAGUGGGCAGGCAGCCCCCCACGUUCCUCACGGAUGGGUGCAGGAGGGCCAUGCAGUCGGCUCAGCCUGGCCUGCCCCCAGGUCCUGUCCCUCAGCACCUCGGCCCCCGGCUCUGGCUCCACCACCACAUCCCCCGUCACCACCACAGUCCCCAGUGUGCAGCCCAUCGUGAAACUGGUCUCCACCGCCACCUCGGCGCCCCCCAGCACCGCCCCCUCUGGGCCCGGCAACGUCCAGAAGUACAUCGUGGUCUCGCUCCCCACAACUGGCGAGGGCAAAGGGCCCACCUCGCACCCGUCUCCCGCCCCUGCCUCAGCCCUGUCCCCGCUGGGGGGCAGCGCCCUCUGCGGGGGGAAGCAGGAGGCGGGGGAGAGCCCCCCGCCAGCGCCUGGGACUCCAAAGGCCAACGGCUCACCCCCACCCGCACCUUGACCCCGCGCCCCGUGGGAGCGAAGGCGCCGCUGCUUCCCUGCGUUACUUUUUAGACACUGUACAGCCAAUUCCGCGGAAUAAAAGUUCCAUUUGUA